GAACUCAGGGAGAGCCUGGGAGGAUAUUUUGAAGUUUGAAAUGAUCCCUAUAUAAAUAGAACGGGUCAGCAUAACUUUGGGAUAAAAUUAGCCGGCAGUUUGUGGACUCUCCAGCCUUGCCUGUGUGCUGGGUGCUGCUCUCCUGAUAAAUCAUUGCUCCGCUUCCACAGGGCACCGAGGAUGGACGGCAUCACUGCCCCUAUCAGCAAAGCUGGAGCUGCCAAGUUAGUUAAGAAAGAUUUCCUGGAGGCUCUAAAAACAAAUGACUUCGGAAAACUGAAGGCUAUUUUAAUCGAGAGGCAAAUAGAUGUGGACACAGUGUUUGAAGUUGAAGAUGAAAACAUGAUUUUGGCAUCUUACAAACAAGGCUAUUGGUUGCCCAGUUAUAAGUUGAAGUCUUCCUGGGCAACAGGCCUGCACCUCUCAGUUUUGCUUGGUCAUGUGGAGUGCCUGAUGGUACUGCUGGACCACAAUGCUACCAUCAACUGUCGGCCCAACGGGAAGACCCCCCUGCAUGUGGCUUGUGAAAUAGCCAACCUGGAAUGCGUGAAGAUUCUCUGUGACCGUGGCGCGAAGCUCAACUGCUACUCCCUGAGCGGACACACUGCUUUGCACUUCUGCACCACACCGAGCUCCAUCCUCUGUGCCAAGCAGUUGGUGGCGAGAGGUGCAAAUGUGAACAUGAAAACCAACAACCAGGAUGAGGAGACACCCCUGCACACGGCGGCCCACUUUGGCCUCUCUGAGCUGGUGGCCUUCUACGUGGAGAACGGGGCCGUCGUGGAUAGCAUGAACGCCCACAUGGAGACCCCACUGGCCAUUGCCACCUACUGGGCCCUGCGCUUCAAGGAGCAAGAGUACAGCAAGGAGCACCAUCUCAUCUGCCGCAUGCUUCUGGACAACAACGCCGAGGUCAACGCUCGCGACGAUGACUUCAAGUCCCCUCUGCACAAGGCUGCCUGGAAUUGCGACCACGUGCUCAUGCACAUGAUGCUGGAGGCGGGAGCGGAGGCCAACCUCAUGGAUAUCAAUGGCUGUGCAGCUAUUCAGUACGUGCUGAAGGUCACCUCUGUGCGUCCUGCUGCACAGCCUGAGAUCUGCUACCAGCUGCUGCUGAACCACGGGGCUGCGCGCAUCUACCCCCCACAGUUCCACAAGGUGAUCCAGGCUUGCCACUCCUGCCCCAAAGCGAUUGAAGUUGUGGUCAAUGCCUACGAGCACAUCAGAUGGAACAUGAAGUGGAGACGAGCCAUUCCUGACGAUGACUUGGAGAAACACUGGGAUUUUUACCACUCUCUCUUCAAGGUGUGCUGCAACACUCCCAGGACCCUCAUGCACCUGUCAAGAUGUGCCAUUCGAAAAGCGUUACACAACAGAUGCCACAAAGCAAUUCCUAUGCUGUCCCUCCCACUGGCUUUGAAGAAGUACUUGCUUUUGGAGCCAGAGGGAAUCAUUUAUUAAGUCUUAGGAGACAACAGUCCCCAAUCUUAGAUUUCUAAGUGGACUCACUGGGUAGACGCAGUUUGCAUGGAUAAAAUGGUACUUGGGUUGGUUAUCACACUUUAGGGAUUUCAAAACACUUUACAAACACCAAGCCAUUAAUUCUAGAGUAGCAUGCUGAGGGAAAAUAAGUGAGUAAAGUUAAAGAAUUUUCAGAGACAAUGGCUGCAUUUAGAAGGCAGACACUGUUACACAGUGGUAGUAGCUCAUACAGUGACAACUUUUAUUAGGUACCCAAUGUAGUUUGUAAAACUUUCACAUAUGAUUUCAUCUCAAAAGGGACCCACAUUUUCUUACAGACAAUCUCAGUCACUACAUUAUCAGUAAUAAGUUUACAUGACUGUGUAGUUUGCAAAGUAGCAGGUUUUGUGAGCGACCUCUUAAGCUUGGUGUCUCCCGCCAGUGACCAUUGAGGAGACAUUAUUGUUACUAGUUUUAAAAACGCCUCCUCUCUAAAACAAGGUCAUCCACUCAUUUUGGUGACCAAUGCCCAGGAGUGCAGUGGGAACACGAUCUUUGAGUCUAGAU